UGCUGCUGACCGCAGGUUUCAGGAACUUUGAACUACUUGUUGAAUCCAGUCUCAUCAUGGUUCUAAUAUCUCUGAUGGACGUUUCACUUGUCGCCUUUGUAUCAGAUUGUUUUUUCAAUGGUUCUAAUAGAAUCCAGCUGCUGAACUGACACAGUUUGUCCUGUUUGAUUUCAGGGUUUUUUUUUAUUUGUUAUUUCAUGUUUUUUGUAACUAAUGAGACCUGAAGAUCAGAUUUUUCCAGCAAAGACGUUCACCUGCAUUGAAGCAGCACUGAGAUAUUUUAGGGAGUUUACCUUUUAACGAUCAUCAAUUAGAGCAGCAGCAACAAUGUUCAGUGAAGGAACUAAUUAAUUAUCCAAUAAAUACAAAAAUGUUUUUAUCUGCUGAAACAUGAGCUUCAACGGUGACACGUUGGACCCAGAUAAGAUGGAUUUACAGGUUUCUUAAGUUAAAUGAGUUUAGAUAUUGACUAAAUGCUGAUGUCUACUAUAACCUGGUUUUGGGCAGUGAGUGUUUCCUGCUCACAUCAGGAUGUGGUGACUGUAACAUCACAUUCUGCAUCGGCGCAUGAUGGACACCGCGUCUCUCUGCCUUCUGCUCUGCCUGGCUCAAGGGCACUACAGUGCAGCUGAUGUGGCCAAACUCAGCCUCCGUCCUGACAGGUCACUCUUCUUCUGGUACGAGGAAAUCAUCCUGAGCUGCUCUGCACCAGGAGGCCGGAGCGACUGGAGUGUGAGGAGGAACACGUCCAAGCAGACAGUCCAGCGGUGCCAGCUGGGCUGGGCCGUCCCCAGCGGGUCCACCUGCACCAUCGAGGACUCAGACCCGUCAGACACUGGAGUCUACUGGUGCGAGUCAGCGAGCGGGAACCGCAGCAACAGCGUCAACAUCACAGUGACAGACUUCUCAGCGUCGUUCUACAAAGACGGGGUUUUCAUUGGAACCGAGGACAAAGGGAAGAAGCUGCUUCGCUCCGUCUCCACGUCUGAUGAAGGCUUCUACCAGUGUGAACACCCGUCACAGGGAAAGUCACCGCAGAGCUGGCUGAGAGUCAGGAACCGACCUCAGACCGCGGCCCCCACUACUUUUCCUCCUCCUCCUCCUCCUCCUGUUGUGCCUUGGCUGGUGUCCGGCGUCCUGCUGUUCGUCCUCUACACCUUCGUACUGGUUCUGGCCGUUUACACGUACCGAAAGUGGGCUAAAAAUCGAGCUGAAGCUAAAAGAGGGUCUUCUCACCACAGCCUGAGAUGAAACACAAAGGAAACAGUGGAGCAUUAAGCUUCUGUUCAUCUGCAAGUGACAAUUUUUAUAGAUGCAGCUCAGUUACUGUAACAGAACAGAAGUCAACUUCCUGUUGUGAAUAUUUUGAUCAACAUUAUUUGUCACUUAUUACCAGUAGAAACCUCAGUGAUGUUGAAGCUCUUUGACUAAAUUGUGGCCUUUUAUUGGCUAAAUGUAAAGAUUUUAAUCAACUUCUUAAAGUUUUGUAUGUUUUUAACAGUUGUUGUAACCUUUUGACUGAAUCAAUAACAGACGAGCCAGUUUAAUAAAGCGACAGAAUGUGA